AAACUUAUUAAAUAGAUAAAACGCAAUGGCCGAGCAAAACAAGGAGAAGCCAGAAGAAAAUGCUGUGCACAAAAAUGCAAUUCUAGUCGAAAGCAUAAAAAAGGAGAUGGGAGUGUAUAAACCCUACGAAACCUUCUCUAUUAAUCCGUACAGUAAACUGCAUGUGCUUGCUGGCAAGCCGAACUCAAAGUACGACCAACUCGAUCCUUCCGCAGCUAACUUCGAAUUCUUCGAUCAGAUCAAGCGAGCCAAUCAGGAGCCUACUAAGAAAUACGACGAGGCUCAGACUGUUAACCAGGAGUACGGCUGGAUCAACGACCCACUGGUAAAACUGGAGAAGGAAGACAAGCGACUCUACUUCGGAAGAGUGAACUCAGAGAUCACCAAGUACAUGGAAGUGUACUUCAUGCAGAAAGAACAGGAGACCAUGCACGACAAACACUGACACAAAAAGUAACAUCUCACAACAGAUAGAAUGGAACAGCGCAUGAACCGAACUCAGUGAAUUCUAAAUCUCACUGCUGUUUACUGAUUGCAUAUUUGUAUAUUAAUUAUGUCCGGUGAGGUGUGAACAACUAACACCCUCAACGUGUGAAUAAGUUUGUUUCAUCCACUAUAUGCUAUUGCGUGACCGGCAAAUAAGACGACUGUAGUAAAGACGCCAACUGUUUUUGAUGGGACUUUAAGACGACGCUACACGCAAUUCUCCACCUUGUAUUUCAGAAAUUUGAACCGCUUAAAUUCGUACUGCUCAUUUUUCAUGUAAUAAGGCUUAUUUGCCGUCUUAAUGUAUUGUCGUCUUAAUGUCUUCUCAUCUUAUUUACCGAGCUUCUUGCUAGUGAAGGGGGAAAUCGUGCAUGCCCGAAGGACCAAAUGUUUAAAAAUUAUGGAAAUUAGAGUGAAAAUCAGUCUGCUUCAAGGAAAUUUAUGGUCUUCGGCCAUGAGAUUAGCCACUUAAUAAGUCAAUUGAUUGUAUGUUGAGCUACAAUUUUACCACCGCGUCUAUAAACAGUAUCUUUUAAUCGCAAAUCGAUUUUCAAAAGGCUGCAAAUUGAGAUACUGUAGCUCACUGAUGCCCAAAUUGGCUCUGCUCUAAAAUCCAUCUUGCAACGAGUUUUUUUGUAGCCGUGAGAUCAUUUUUGACGUGUUGCACUCUUCUAAUAAAAUAUUUACUUGAUCAUCGUUGAAAAUAUUGUAAAUACUUGUAAAAAUUGUAUUGAAAACCUG